AUGCAAGCCUCUUUUCAGUAUCGUCGUAUCACACUCUCUGCAGAGCAGCAGUACCAACGAUACCACCCCCUGAAAACAGUUCACGAUGAGGAAUCCUUUCUAGCUGCACUGAUAAGUAACCCGCUACAAAGAUCUCAGGCAAGGUCAACACCUGUCAGUGGCUCGGGAGCAUUGAAUGGGGUAGCUUUACAGCCUGGAAUUUUUAUUCAACAGCAUGGCACAGCCCAUGAUGGAGGUCCUGAACAUGUCUUCCUCGUGAAGUGGGCUGAGGAAGAUGGCAAAAACAACCCACGAAACUUCAAUAUGUGCAAACGGGCAAGUCAGGAGUUGCAUGUGAGCGAGGUAGUGGAAUCGAUCGCAACUGGUAUCUACCUGCUUGGAUUUGCACUUGGCUCGCUAUUCUCAGGCCCUCUCUCUGAAGUCUUUGGACGUAACGCAAUCCACAUUGGCUCCUUGGGUCUCUUUUCGAUUUUCAUUAUGGCCUCUGCGCUAGCCCCGAAUAUUGGUGCCCAACUUGCUUUCCGAUUUUUAGCUGGAAUUUUCGGCUGUCCUUCUCUCACUUGA